CGAUCAAGAAGUGUUGGACCAAAUCAAACUAAUAAUCGGAGGACACUUUCUUGGGAACUGGGCAGCAUACACGGAAGUUGACCCCAAGGUUCGUGAACUUUGGUGGAACCUUUUCAAGGGUCGGUUUCGAUGGACUGAAGCCCAAGGUCCCGCUAUUCUUAGAGCGUAUAACGCUAGGAUUUCAAACUGGCUUCGUCCUACUUUUAAGCGUGCCCGAAAGAGCGGGGUAAAGCCUGGAUGGUGUUCGGAUGAGGUGUGGGCUAACCUCGUCCGUCACUGGUCUUCUGAUCCUAACUUCUUGGCAAGAAGUCAAUCCGGUAAGAAAAACCGGAUGUCCGAGAAGGCUUUAGAAACCCAAUGGCAUGGGGGCCGCAAACCUCAGAGUAGACAUAAAGAAGAUCUUUCGGGGCCUGAGAAGAAGAAGGUCUCAAUUCUCAAGGUCAUCAAGCACUGCUGGACAAAGCACGGCGAUGAGUCCGAUGCCGAUCUGCCACCCCGCCUCGCUGAAAUCGAAUCAAAGUAUAACACAAAUGUUGAGAAGAGGCGGGCAGAAUUAGGCUUGACUCAGGAGGAUGAGAUUGAUUCUGAUGUGGAGGAUGAUGCCAUCUUUG